AUGCUGGAUAAUCACAACAGAAAAUAUCUCUGCAAAGACAAUGCUAGCAAAUCUGUGCUUUCCCUCACUUCGCCGGCGAAGUUGAAUGUGGUGUCAUCGGACUGGUCGAAAAUGACGGCGAAAAAACCCAUGGGCAAAGUCGGCAAGCGCCAAACGUCGGGCCAUUCGGCCCCGACUUUAUCAAAUGUGACCAACACUGUUCCGAACUCAAGCAGCUCUGCUCAACGACCUACCCUACAGUAUGUACCACCGCUGCUGAAACGCUCCUCGUCGCUUUUCAAGGAGGAUUUGGAAUGCAAUGACCGGAAAUCCCUCAGAUCGCAAGACUCAGACGACGGCUGCUUCAAUACGGAUCGCUUUAUCCCACUGCGCAAGGAAAGUUCCUUCUCCCACUCGAAAAUUGACCCUUUCAAUCUCGAGGAAGAGACACCACCGCCAAACGCUUCGCCCUCUACCCACCUGAAGGCGCAAACCAAACGGGUCUUCAAACAAAACGUGGCGGAAGCUUGUGGUCUCGAAAUGAACCAGCGAGUCCUCCAGUACAUGCCCAAACCACCGAAUUCCUCCAACAGAAAACAGUCUUAUUCCAUAGGUAACCGAUCGCAUUAUUCGUAUUCCUCGAUACAAAGUACAGGACCCAGCCCUGAAUUGGCCAAACUACGGAAAAUUAAUUCUAAUCCCGAGAGAAUUCUGGAUGCCCCCGGCUUUCAAGACGACUUUUACUUGAAUCUGGUCAGCUGGUCCAAUAAGAACGUCCUCGCGAUCGCACUGGACAGUGCACUUUAUCUUUGGAACGGCGCUAGCGGUGAUGUUUCUCUACUGGUGGAUUUCGAGCAGCCUGGCGCCAUAACAAGCGUUACUUGGUCGGAUGACGACUGCCAUAUUUCCAUCGGUAAAUCGAAUGGAGCCACCGAAAUCUGGGACGUGGAAACCAUGUCCCACGUAAGAACUAUGAGGUCAGGAUUGGGGGUUCGUAUUGGAUCUCAGUCUUGGCUCGAAACUUUGAUUGCAACUGGUGCAAAGAGUGGAGAGAUUCAUAUUAAUGACGUGAGGAUCAAAAACCAUAUUGUAUCGACAUGGGAAGAGCAUAGAGGGGAGGUUUGUGGUAUCAGCUAUCGUUCGGAUGGACUGCAGCUGGCGUCCGGUAGCAAUGAUAACACCGUGGUGAUUUGGGACACUCGAACGUCCUUACCUCAGCAUAUCAAAAGACAGCAUACCGCAGCCGUGAAGGCAUUAGCAUGGAGUCCCGAUACCAACAACCUGUUGGCUACCGGAGGCGGACAAACGGACAAACAUAUUCAUUUUUGGAACACAACAACCGGUGCAAGAACCGGCAGCAUCAACACUGGCUCUCAGGUAAGUUCAUUGCAUUGGGGUCAAAGUUACAGUAACAAUACAUUACAGCGGGAAAUAGUUGCCACGGGUGGUAAUCCUGAAAACGCAAUUUCGAUCUACAACUAUGACACAAAGUUCAAGGUUGCGGAGAUAGUGAAUGCACACGAAGCUAGAAUUUGUUCCAGCGAGCUGUCUCCAGAUGGCACCGUGAUGGCGACAGUGGGAGGGGACGAGAAUCUCAAGUUCUACAAAGUUUUUGAACCCAGAAGAAGGAGGCCACAAGGGAUGUGCGAUGGCGACAGUUUGAUGGGGCUGCUGAAUGUGGGUGACAGCUGCGAUGAUGAUCCGUCGAGAUCUCCUACCCGCAGAAACAAAUCAGACUUUCUGAUCAGGUAA